CGCAUGCGCAGAGAUAGUACUUCCCUACUGUAGUGAUACUCAUAGUGAUGUUUCAAACUCUGAGCGGUGCUUUUCCAAAGCUCAUCGGCGCCGCAAGAUUGAAUCCACUCGGAGUUUUAACGCGAAAAAUGGGCAGUUUAGGCAGUGAAAACCGCUCCAUUCAUUCAGACAAUAUCCAGGACGUUCAUAACAUUCCAAUGGAUGUGAUCAUACGACCCAUUCCACCUGUUCUAGACGAGCAGAAGGUCCAAAGCCUCAUGACCAGCAUACAGGAGGGCGCAGAUAUCUCCCUUGUGCCUCCCAUAGACGUGCUUUGGAUCACUGGAGAAAAAGGGGGCAAUUAUUACUACUCUUUUGGAGGAUGUCAUCGAUUUGCUGCCUAUCAGAGAUUAAAGAUGAAAUCCAUACCAGCCAAGAUAAUCAAAUCUAACAUUUCGGACUUGCGCACCUAUUUGGGAGCAUCUACGCCGAAUCUACUUUGAUCCAACGCACAUAAGAGACGGACUGAUGCGGUAAACCUGCACUGUGACAGACAUCUAGAUGAUGUUAAGCACAUUUAUCCUGUAUGACUGUAUUUCUUACGACACUGAUAAAGAACGUAGACUUUUCAUUUUUAAAUGGCUCUUUGAUGUUAAGGAAAUAUUCACGUUUCUAAACUGAGAGCAGAAAUCAUGACUCAUUUCGAGUCAGUUUUUGUUCUAAGGUUGUAUCUGCAAAGGUGUUUCAUUCUUAUGAAUCAGAGCUUUGAAUCAUCCAAAACAACUGUAAACUUAUAUAAUUAUAUUCCUUUUGCUCAACAUUAUUUUUCUAUUUUUCCUUGGUCACUGUGUGAUUCAAGUCACGAUGACUUAACAGAUCUCUCUUCAUCUGUCAUUCUUAGUCUGACCACUAGAUAGCAGCAUUACAACACUGAUUGAUUUACAAAGGGCUUCCUAAACGUUUUUGUCAGCCGAUACCCUUUAGAUUGACCCAAAACAUUAAGUACAAAAUUAGAUACUAAGUUGAUAUUGAAUUAUUGGUUAAUAUGACAUGUAGAUAAAUAAAUAUUAUAAAAAUUAUAUAUAUUAUUAGAAUUUUUAUUAUUCUUUUGAAAUUAGUUAUUUUAAUUUAAACUUUUUUUUUAAUUAGUUUUUUUUAGCUUUUCAUCAGCUCAUGAACUCAUGGAUGUAGUUCCCUUUGGGAUCACUUUGAGUUUUUUUCCAACGGUAUUUGUAGGCCAACCGGAAAUGCUAAUUAAUUUCUAUGAUUUCAUUAGGGAAAAAACGUUUGAAAGGUUAUAUUUUGUUCUGGUUUAUAAGUGCAUUUGAUUUGUUAAAAUGAAAGUAAAUAAAUUGUGUAAUGGUAAAAAUAGUUUAUUUAUUUUGGAUGAUUUUUUUUUUUUUUUAUGCUCAGGCUUAUCAGACCUUUAAUGAUUUUUUUCAUUAUGUCUCUUUUAAAUGUCUAAGCCAAACCACAACAUGAGCAUUCACAAGUUGACCACAAGCGUGUGCUGGUCUGUGCCGGUCUCUCGAGUGGAUGGGUACGGCCAAAUUCCUAAAAAUGUUACUUCUGUUGUGUCUAGAUCUGCUUUGGAUAUUAAAAGCUGCACAUUUUAAUCAUCACAUUUGAAUUA